AUGCUAACCGAGCUACAUCUUUAUGCUGCCCGAAUUGACACCACAGAACACUUGUUUCCGCCACAAAAGCGAAUACAAGCAAUACAGCACAUGGCUCCAUCGCUGGUUUGCGACUGUAGAGUUCGUAACCAGCAAACUGCGAAACUGGUUUUGUGUCCACAAAAGAACGUUAGCAAAACCAACGAGUCUUUCCGUUGCCAGUCACAAGUUUGCACCUACCUACUUCGUUAUGAUGUUGAAGGCGAACGUGUUUGCCGAUCGUCUACCACGUUUGUAUGA